AUGGCUUACCAGCAGCAGCAGCAGCAGCAUCCCAUUCCGGGACCGAGCUCGGGCUCGGGUCCGGGUGGAUUCCAUUUUAUGAAUUCUCCAUUUGGGGACACGACUUUCACUAAGGUUUUUGUUGGAGGGUUGGCUUGGGAGACUCAGAGUGAGACCAUGAGACGCUACUUUGAGCAGUUUGGGGAGAUACUUGAGGCUGUGGUCAUCACUGAUAAAAAUACUGGCCGAUCCAAAGGAUAUGGUUUUGUGACUUUCCGUGACCCUGAGUCAGCUAGAAGAGCGUGUGCGGAUCCAACUCCAAUUAUUGAUGGGAGGCGAGCAAAUUGUAAUUUGGCAUCACUUGGUAGACCUCGUCCAGCGGUUCCUUUCGGACGCCUUAGAUCUCCGGCACCUUACCUUGGAGGCAUACCGGCGGCUAGGGGUGCUUAUCCUGGAAGUUAUGGCUACCAGCAACCGGUUACAUAUGGAUUUCAACAAGGCUUGAUGUAUUCUCCUUAUGGGUAUACUGCAUACAGUCCAGACUAUGCUUAUCCUCAGGGUGUUUACAACCCAUAUGGGAGUCAACAGUUCCUUCAGAUAUAUGGCGUGCCAGGAACAGUUGGCACAACUAUGUAUCCUUAUAGCCAGUUGAGUCAGGCAAGUCCAGGAAGUCACAGUUAUUCUGCAUUGCCAGGAUAUGCAAUGCCUGGUCAUCAGAUAAUGCAGUACGGUGGACCAAGUGCCAAUGUGAUGACAUCAUCCUCUGUUCCAACUAUACCAGUGCCAUAUCCUGCAGGUGCCAUUCCACAACAGCCACAAUUCAUACUACCUGCACAUGCUCCUCAAUUCAUGCCGGGUGGCGGUUCUGACCAAAAUGCUGGCAGGACUAAGAACAGCGGCACUGCCACUUGGUUGGCAGGCUUCAAAUCUAGCCUUGCAAAUUAUUCGCUUUGCAUUCUAGUGGUCUUAAAAUUGUUACGCUCACCAGAGAAGUCAAAAAAAAGUCCGAGUCUCACCUUAUGA